AUGGGAAGAUUCAUAGCAAGAUCGUCAUACAAGUGCAAAGCAUUCUUCGACACACUAAGGAAAGGAAACAGAUUCGUAUGGACUGAGGAAUGCGAACAAGUGUUCCAGAAAAUCAAAGAAUACUUAGCUUCAGUACCUAUCCUACAGAAGCUAGAACCAAGUGAAAUACUUACUUUAUACUUAGCAGCAACAAGCUACGUUGUGAGCGUGGUAUUGAUACGAGACCAGGGGCAAGGAGAAAAACCCAUUUAUUAUAUCAGCAAAGCACUCAGUGAAGCAGAGCGUAACUAUACGAAGGUGGAGCAUAUUAUAUAUGCCUUAGUAAUUGCAACCCAAAAACUAAGGAUAUACUUUGAUGCACAUACCAUACGAGUAUUCACAAAAUCCCAGAUUUGUCAGAUCCUUGACAGCAUGGAGAAAAUCGGGAGAGUAGCAAAACGGAAUGCCUUGAUUAAGCAAUUCCACAUAAUCUUUGAAACCAGGAAAGCUGAGAAGUCACAAAUUUUUGCAGACUUCUUAGCAGACCUGCCUCUCAGCGAUGAAGCGGAGAUAGACGACAUCCCAGGAAUGGAGGAAGACAAGCAGGAACCCGAAGACAUGCUGGAACCCCAGAAUUCACGAAGAUGGGAAAUAUUUGUAGAUGGCUCUUCAAACGGCGAAGGUGCAGGCAUAAGGAUCGAAAUCACGACUCCUACAGAAAACCGACUAGUCUAUGCAUUCAGAUUGGAAUUCGAACAAUAUACAAACAAUAUCGCUGAAUAUGAGGCGGUCAUACAUGGCCUACACUUGGCAAGGGAGCUGGGGUUGUUAGAUGUUCGGUUGACUAGUGACUCUCAGUUAGUCAUUAGACAGAUCGAACUCAAAUACCAAACUUUGGAUCCGGUGUUAUCUUCGUAUCUCAAGUUAACCCAAGAACACACAUCCAAAAUCGACAAUGUAACCUUCAGGGAUGUAUGCCGAAAGGAUAACCGACAUGCAGAUGCCUUGGCAUUCAUAUCUUCCAUGUUGAAAGAUAAAAACACCAUCGCAGUGCAUAUUGGAAGAGUAUAUCAACCUUCGAUAGAAGGGCCCACCUCAGGCACGGAGGAAUACAUGUCCGUCCAAACACGAGCCAUGAGGGAAGCAGAAGAGGCAUAG